GAUUAACUUCCAAUAGCUUUGCUGGAGUUGUAUGUGGAAUCGCGGACUACGGGAUGGCAGCAGGCGCGGAUAUCGUCACCCUCGUCUUGGGCGCUUUGGGACUGGCGCUGCUCGUCCUCUCCGCCGGGUCUGAUUGCUGGAGGCAAGAUGCCAAGGAUCCCCUCUCGUCGGUGGGACUGAGUGUCCGGUGCCGCGGCUUGUGGAGCGAGUGCGUCUUCGACAACGUGGCCGACCUCUGGACCUGCGACAUUCCCAUUUCCUAUCUCGGCGAGCAUCCUGGCGUCCUUGUGGUCACCCGGGUCUUGGUGAUCCUCUCCGGCUUGAUGACUUUUUCUGCUAUGCCCACGUUCAUUGCCGGGAUGGGUUGCACCAAGCUUUUCCACGACAACGUUCCUCUGAAACAUCAGUUUUCUCUUGCAGCUGCGACUCUAUUUCUCCUGGGAGGUCUUUCCGGAGCGGUCGCAGUUUUUUGGUACGCUGUCGACACCGUCCAGAAGUACAAACUGGAGGUCAGCUUGGGCAUCCCUGGCGUGACUUAUGAGCUCGGCUAUUCCUUCUGGGUGGCGGCCGCCGGGGUGGCGAGUGCCAUGUCCAGUGGCCUUUUGUUGGUGGUUGCCAACUGUCUUCGAACCCAGAAUCCAAGGAAGAAGGAGCCGGUCCAUGAACGAAGGCUGGGAACCUACCUGUGAUGCUUUCUUCAGACUCUUUCUCUCACCUCUUAUUAAACCAGGGUCAUUCCGAUGCGC